GCUCAGUCGGUUGAGUGUCCGACUUAGGCUCGGGUCAUGAUCUUGCGGUUUGUGAGUUCAAGACCUGCAUCGGGCUCUGUGCUGACAGCUCAAACCCUGGAGCCUGCUUCAGAUUCUGUGUCUCCUCCUCACUCUGCCCCUCCCAUGCUCAUGCUCUAUCUCUCUCUGUCUCUCAAUAAUAAAUAAAUGUUAAGGAAAAAAAGUUAAAUCUCAAACAUAAAAAUAUGUAAUGUUGUAUAUUGAGACAAUAUACCCACAUGUAUUUAAACUACAUUAUUUAUCUUCACCUAAAACAAGCAUAUUUUGUUAAACAAAGUAAUAUUUGUGGGGUUAUUUUAUAUUUUAAAUGAAUGGUCAAUUAUUUUGCAAUUGUAUGCUCCAGAUAACCUCUUGUAGGAGACACUUUAUUUGCAUAUUUAUACAUUUACUUAUUUAUUUUAGAACACGCGAGAGAAAAUAGCUCCGGUGCUUUUGACCUGUGGGAGGUUUUGUGUUUUAUGACCUGUCUACACAGAGGUUGGCAGGGUUGUCUUACCUACUCCUUUUCUGUUUUCCAUUCUCUUGGCACUGAACUGCCUAAGUGCUUCCAUCUUGCAGGAUUUUAAAAGAAAUACAUAUAUUUUUAAUGUUUAUUUCUUUUUGCGAGAGAGAGAGAGACAGACAGAGAGACAGAGACACAGGAUCUGAAGCAGGCUCCAGGCUCUGAGCUGUCAGCAAAGAGCCUGCUGCGGGGCUCGAACCCAUGAACCGCAAGAUCAUAACCUGAGCUGAAGUCAGAGGCUUAACCGACUGAGUCACCCAGGCGCCCCCCUCUGCAGGAUUAAAAUGAAAAAGGAAGAAAGAAAAAGAAAGAAAUAGCCAGCAACAUCUUACAAAGAGUUCGGGAAAACAAAUUUAAGGAAACGACUAGUUAAGUCGCAGAUGCUCUGGUAAUCUUUCUUUGUGAACUUUGUCUUCUGUGUUGACAGAAGGCACUUGAAAGCACUAGGAUCACAUAGGCCGGGUGAUGUUUGCACAGGUUCAAAGCAAGAAAGGUUAGGAUUCAACCCAAGUGACUAAGGGCCUGAUGUCCAGGAGUCCAGACAUGACCAGGGUGGCCACGUUGUGCUAAAGGACUAAAAGUGGGGGUGGGGGAGUAGUGGAGCAAAUGCCUCACCCUCCCUCUCUUUUCUGCCUCUUCACUUUGUGGUAAGGAGGGAAUCACAGGCCCCAAGGUGGAGGUGUCUCCUGAAGCAGCCUUGACCAACGAGUGGAACAAGAAUGAUGACCGGCUGCUACAGGCCGUGGAGAAUGGAGACGCGGAGAAGGUGGCCUCCCUACUGGGCAAGAAGGGAGCCAGUGCCACCAAGCAGGACAGCGAGGGCAAGACCGCGACACAGUGCCUUGCACCUCGCAGCCAAGAACAGCCACCACGAAUGCAUCAGGAAGCUCCUUCAGUCAAAAUGCCCAGCCGGAAGUGUGGACAGCUCUGGGAAAACAGCUUUACAUUAUGCAGCGGCACAGGGCUGCCUUCAAGCUGUGCAGGCUCUUUGCGAGCACAAAAGCCCCAUAAACCUCAAGGAUUUGGAUGGGAAUAUACCACUGCUUCUUGCAGUACAAAGUGGCCACAGUGAGGUCUGUCGCUUUCUCCUGGAUCAUGGAGCAGACAUAAAUUCCAGGGACAAAAAUGGAAGAACUGCUCUCAUGCUAGCCUGUGAGAUCAGCAGCUCUAAUAUUGUGGAAGCCUUAAUUAAAAAGGGUGCAGACCUAAACCUUGUAGAUUCUCUUGGACACAAUGCCUUACAUUAUUCCAAACUCUCAGAAAAUGCAGGAAUUCAAAGCCUUCUAUUAUCAAAAAUCUCUCAGGAUUCUGAUUCAAAGACACCAACAAAACCAAAGCAGCAUGAUCAAGUCUCUAAAAUAAGCUCAGAAAGAAGUGGAACUCCAAAAAAACGCAAAGCUCCACCACCUCCUAUCAGUCCUACCCAGUUGAGUGAUGUGUCUUCCCCAAGAUCAAUAACUUCAACGCCACUUUCGGGAAAGGAAUCUGUGUUCUUUGCUGAACCACCCUUCAAGGCUGAGAUCAGUUCUAUACGGGAAAACAAAGACAGACUAAGUGACAGCACGACAGGUGCUGAUAGCUUAUUGGAUAUAAGUUCUGAAGCUGACCAACAAGAUCUUCUUGUCCUGUUGCAAGCAAAAGUUGCUUCUCUUACCUUACACAAUAAAGAAUUACAAGAUAAAUUACAGGCCAAAUCACCCAAGGAGGCAGAUGCAGACUUGAGCUUUGACUCCUACCAUUCCACUCAAACUGACUUGGCCCCACCCCUGGGCAGACCUAGUGAAACCUCUCCCCCAGACUCCAAGUCAUCUCCAUCCGUCUUAACACAUUCCUUGAGUAAAUCCACUCUCGACAGCGACGGGCAAAUUCAGCAACUGCAAGAGAUUCUGCGGGACUUGCAGAAGAGACUAGAGAGCUCUGAAGCAGAGAAGCAGCAGCUACAGGCUGAGCUCCAGUCCAGGAGGGCCGAAUUGGUGUGCGUUAACAGUGCAGAGAUUUCAGAGAACGGCUCCGACCUCAGCCAGAAACUGAAAGAAACUCAGAGCAAGUACGAGGAGGCCAUGAAAGAAGUCCUUAACGUGCAGAAGCAGAUGAAACUGGGCCUCGUCUCGCCCGAAAGCGUGGACAGUUAUUCACAUCUCCGUGAGUUACGGAUCACUGAGGAGGAAAUAGAUGUGCUAAAGCAGGAUCUCCAGAACGCAUUAGCUGAAAGUGAAAGAAAUAAGGAGAAAGUGAGAGAGUUAGAAGAAAAACUUGUAGAGAAGGAGAAAGAUUUGGGUAUUAAGUCUCCCGGGGAAGAGUACGAGGAAAUGAAAAGUUCAUAUUGCUCUGUGAUUGAGAAUAUGAAUAAGGAGAAAGCUUUUUUGUUUGAGAAAUACCAAGAGGCCCAAGAAGAAAUCAUGAAACUAAAAGAUGCCCUAAAGAGUCAGAUGACACCGGAAGCCGGCGAUGAAGCUGGGGAUAUGAAAGAGGCCAUGAACAGGAUGAUAGAUGAGCUCAACAAACAGGUAAGCGAGCUGUCCCAGCUGUACAAAGAAGCCCAGGCCGAGCUGGAGGAUUACAGGAAGAGGAAAUCUCUAGAAGACGUAACAGCCGAAUAUAUCCAUAAAGCGGAGCAUGAGAAACUGAUGCUAGUGACAAACGUGUCCAGAGCUAAGGCAGAAGAGGCAUUGUCCGAAAUGAAGUCUCAGUACUCAAAGGUAUUGAACGAGUUGACGCAGCUCAAACAGCUGGUGGACGCACAGAAAGAGAACUCUGUCUCCAUCACAGAACAUUUGCAGGUGAUAACCACACUGCGGGCUACCGCGAAAGAGAUGGAGGAAAAAAUAAGCAGUCUCAAAGAGCACCUUGCAAGCAAGGAAGGGGAAGUAGCAAAACUGGAGAAACGACUCCUGGAAGAGAAGGCCGCGAUGGCCGACGCCAUGGUGCCCAGGUCUACCUACGCAAAGCUCCAGUCAUCACUAGAAAGUGAAGUGAGUGUGUUGGCCUCAAAAUUGAAGGAGUCCGUAAAAGAGAAAGAGAAGGCCCAUUUGGAGGUCUCCCAGAUUCGAAGUGAGGUCUCACAAGUGAAAAGGGAAAAGGAAAAUAUUCAGGCUCUCUUAAAAUCCAAAGAGCAGGAAGCAAACGAACUUCGGCAACAGUUCCAGCACACUCAGGAGGAGCUUUCAGAAAUGAAGAGACAGUCGGAGAGCUCUUCCAAACUGGAGGAGGAUAAAGAUAAGAAGAUAAAUGAGAUGUCAAAGGAAGUCACCAAGUUGAAGGAGGCCCUGAACAGCCUCUCGCAGCUCUCCUACUCAGCUAGCUCGUCCAAGAGGCAGAGUCAGCAGCUGGAAGGACUGCAGCAGCAGGUCAAGCAGCUACAGAGCCAGCUGGCUGACUGCAAGAAACAACACCAGGAGGUGAUAUCUGUUUACCGAAUGCAUCUUCUGUAUGCUGUGCAGGGCCAGAUGGAUGAAGAUGUCCAGAAAGUACUGAAGCAGAUCCUUACCAUGUGUAAAAACCAGUCCCAGAAGAAGUAGAAUGGAUUCCGUGGCAGGACACUGCCCCCUUGUUGUCCAUCUUUGUGUUAGAUCUGGAGUUGUCGGCAACCACUGCCAUUGUUCUCACUCGUGGUAUGCACCGUGGCCCAGCCUAGCUUUUUCCCUUUCCUAAGGCAGCUUUCUGAGGACUGGGUCCAGGAGAGGGCUGUCCUCCCCAGAGCUGCUUAGAGACUUGAGAGCAGCACAAGUGAAAUGCCCUGGUGUCCCUUCAGAUUCCAGAGCCGGAAUCUGGAACCAGGGGUCUGGUCCUGGUCCUGGUGCUGGUGGGUGGGCACCUGCUGUGGGACCCGACCAGCUGAGGGGCUUUGUCAUCACUGAGCAAUAUGUUGAGACCUCCCCACUCAGCGAACAUUGCUUUAGUUCCUACACUCAGGCGGUGUCAGUCAGCACCCGAGAGCCCCUUUGCCUUUGGUUUCCAAGCCCAAAACAUGAUUUAACUUCUGACCAAAAUAGUAUGGCACUCAUUAUGUGGUGCAUACUUAAGAGCCUUUAUCAUGACAUCCUGUGGACGUAAAACAUGAAUCCCAUCAUUUCCCCCCCCUCUGCCUUAUAUAGCUCAUCACCCUGCUUGUUAGUCUCAGAGUUUGAUGAGCACUCUUAACUAAAAUACGAAGUCGAAAAACAAAAGCAAGUUGUCCUUAGAAAUUCUUUUGAAGCAAAUCGUUGACAUAUUGCAAAUCUUCUAUGCAAACUUGCCUCCUGUUAUCCGUGAAGCUCAGGAAUCCAAACAUUCGUGUUUCAACAAGGGACAGUAAACUGCGUGUUUACAGCCAAAAAAAAAAAAAAAAUGCCUCAUAGUUCUUAACCUCAGUUUUUUAAAAGUGUUUUUUUCUCUACAAUAUUUUUAUUGGCUCUUAAAGAUGUUUUCAUAGCUAAACCCCUAAAUGAGUGAAAUUUACAUUAGACUCUAUUAACAAAGUAUUUUUAGAUAACCAUGCUUAUGACUUUUUUAAAGCAUAACUUUUUCCUCAGAGUUUGCAGCGAUAGCCAAGGUAGUUAUGUAUUCCCUUUCCAAACUCUACACGAGCUGCCACCGGCCCCCUAGCCUCUCUGCCAUCGUGUCCUCACAACUGUAGCACAUUUCUGAAUAUAGAAAAUCUUCCUUUUACCCACUGAGUAUUUUUGAAUACCCCAGCUCUACCAGCACCCAUAAAUGAUCUCUUGGAAGGACUGUUAGCCAAUCACUUUUCCACCUUUGAAACCAGAAUCCUAACAUGGUACACAUACAUGAUGGUGCAUAGCAAAGGUCGUGGGGGCAAAUACUUCUGUUCCCUUGACUUUCAGGUUAAAAAUGUUUCGAACUUGCUUGCAGCUUCCUUAUGGCAUUGUUUUUGUUGAGAGAUGUAAGCUGAAUACAGACGUCUCCGAAGUAUAUAACACAAAGCGUAGGCCUGCUCUGACGGGGUCCACAGAACACAGGGUGCCUGGGCGCACAGGGUGAUGGGCUAUAUUGGAAGAUGUGCUCAUCUGUAUUGGAUGAGGACCAACGACCACAAAGCAGAAACAGCUUUCAAGCUUGGUGUUCCUUUUCUUAAGUUGUUUAUACUUCACCAAUUUCGAAAAUGCUCCAAAGAAAUGUGAAAGGACCUUUUGUCACAGCACUUAAGAAAAUACAAACAACCCCCCCCUCCUGCCCCCACGCAGAAAUGCUGCAGAGUAUAAAACUUGAGACAUUUUGUAGGACGCCUGACAAAGUGUAGCCUUUUAUCUUGUUUCAGGAUGCGUAUUUAUUAUAAGUACUCUGGUUAAAUAUUGAAAAGUUAUAUGCUGUAGUUUAGCAUUUUGCCUUUGUAAUUUACAGAAGGUAUUGCAGAAAAUAAACUUUUGUUUCAUUUUGCA